AUGCUCAUUAGCCCUCCCCCCACAUCAUCGUCCUUCUCCUUCGUUUCGAGCAAAAUUGAGAAGAAAGAAGACUCCUCCGACUGUCCCGACGGCGAUCUCCUGGCCUGUAUGCAAGUCCUCGUCGCCAUCCUCGCCAACAUGCUCGUCUGGGGCUGCCCGUCCGCCUUUGACGUUUACCAGCUCUAUUACAUCGACACGAUGCGAGCUGCCCUCAUCCCAAGUCUCUGGACCAUGACCUUUGGGUGCGGGACGGUGGUUUUUGGCACCUUUAUAACGAGCCUGUGCGGCCGCGGCGGCGAGCCCCGCGAGAGCAACAAGUAUUCGCAGAUCUCCCUGGCCGAAGGGGUUUGCACGUGGUUCGGGCUGGGCAUCUACUUCAUACCUCCGCUAUCGGUAGUAACCUUGUACUUCGGCAUGGAGAAAUCGUCGGUCGUCUUGGUAGUGUUGGUGAUAGGGAUUGGGCUCUGA